AUGGCAGGUGCUGAGGGCUUCCAGUACCGAGCACUGUACCCAUUUCGCCGGGAGCGGCCCGAAGACCUGGAGCUGCUGCCUGGGGAUGUGUUGGUGGUGAGCCGGGCAGCCCUGCAGGCGCUGGGUGUGGCCGAGGGUGGCGAGCGCUGCCCACAGACCGUGGGCUGGAUGCCCGGCGUUAAUGAGCGCACACGGCAGCGUGGUGACUUCCCUGGCACCUAUGUGGAGUUCCUGGGGCCCGUGGCCCUGGCCCGGCCUGGCCCCCGACUGCGGGGUCCUCGGCCACUGCCUGCCCGGCCCCGAGAUGGGCCCCCUGAGCCAGGCCUCACACUCCCUGACCUACACGAGCAGUUCUCUCCUCCUGAGGCCGCACCCCCAAUUCUGGUGAAGCUUGUGGAGGCUGUUGAACGGACAGGACUGGACAGUGACUCCGUCUACAGGCCAGACCUACCUGCCCCACGCACAGACUGGUCCCUAAGUGACGUGGAGCAGUGGGACGUGGUGGCCCUGUCAGACGGUGUCAAGGGCUUCCUUCUGGCGCUUCCAGGGCCACUGGUGACAUCUGAGGCUGCGGCUGAAGCCUUCCGGGCCCUGCGGGAGUCUGCGGGGCCCGUGGGGCCAGCGCUGGAGCCACCUGUGCUGCCCCUGCAUCACGCACUCACGCUGCGCUUCCUGCUGCAGCACCUGGGCCGCAUGGCCCGCCGCACCCCAGCGCCAGGCCCCGCCAUCCGCGCCCUGGCCGCCACCUUCGGGCCGCUGCUGCUGCUGCUGCUGCACGCGCCACCACCCUCGCCGCAGCCGGGGGUUGCGCUGGACGGGUCGGAGCCCAGCCCCGGCCCGGACUUCCCAGUGAAGCUGGUGGAGAAGCUGCUUCAGGAGCAUCUGGAGGAACAAGAGGUCGUGCCCCCAGCACUGCCACCUAAACCUUCCAAGGCCAAGCCAACCCCUGGGGGCCUGGCCAAUGGGGGCAGCCCGCCUUCCCUGCAGGAUGCUGAGUGGUACUGGGGGGACAUCUCCAGGGAGGAGGUGAAUGAGAAACUCCGGGACACGCCUGACGGGACCUUCCUGGUCCGAGAUGCAUCGAGCAAGAUCCAGGGGGAGUACACAUUGACCCUCAGGAAAGGCGGCAACAACAAGCUCAUCAAAGUGUUCCACCGUGACGGCCACUAUGGCUUCUCAGAGCCACUCACCUUCUGCUCGGUGGUGGACCUCAUCACCCACUACCGCCACGAGUCACUGGCCCAGUACAAUGCCAAGCUGGACACGCGGCUCCUGUACCCCGUGUCCAAGUACCAGCAGGACCAGGUAGUCAAGGAGGACAGUGUGGAGGCGGUGGGCGCCCAGCUGAAGGUUUACCACCAGCAGUACCAGGACAAGAGCCGAGAGUAUGACCAGCUCUACGAGGAGUACACCCGUACCUCUCAGGAGCUGCAGAUGAAGCGCACUGCAAUCGAGGCCUUCAACGAGACCAUCAAGAUCUUCGAGGAGCAGGGCCAGACGCAGGAGAAGUGCAGCAAAGAAUAUCUGGAGCGCUUCCGGCGGGAGGGCAACGAGAAGGAGAUGCAGCGGAUCCUGCUGAACUCCGAACGGCUCAAGUCCCGCAUCGCUGAGAUCCACGAGAGCCGCACGAAGCUGGAGCAGGAGCUGCGGGCUCAGGCCUCCGACAACCGGGAGAUCGACAAACGCAUGAACAGCCUCAAGCCCGACCUCAUGCAGCUGCGCAAGAUCCGAGACCAGUACCUGCUGUGGCUCAACCAGAAAGGUGCCCGGCAAAAGAAAAUCAAUGAGUGGCUGGGGAUUAAAAACGAGACUGAGGAGUAA